GCGGUUGCCUGGGUGAUAGCGGAUCAUGGGGAACGCUCCGCGCUCUGGAGCCGCAGCACUGGUUCUUGGGUUUGACUCUUCGGGUGACAACCCCAGGUUUGCAGAUCCUCUGAGGGUCUAGAAUACUGAGGUGGAAGGCUCCUUUGCUUUAGGGUGCGUGUGUAUGGAUUCGCCCUGACGCGCCUUUGUCACGGAGAGAUGCCACGGCGCAGGAGCCUGGCCACCUGAGGUUGCUCCGCCUCGGGUCUAGCUCCCGCAUCUCCGGUCUUCCUCCGCACCAUCCGGGAGCCGCUCGAGCAGGGCCGGAGGUUAGAGCCGAAGGCCGCUGACUCUCAGCGGGUGUGGCGCACGCGUGUGGACGGGAUGCCGAGCCGUUUUCCCGGGGUCGCGGGGCCGACAGCCUUGACCCGGACGGAAGGCGGCGAAGGAUCGGCUGGACAUUCUUAUCACCAGAAUUCCAAGGGCACUGGCGAGCAGCAUAAAGCAGACAGAAUCAAGGAGGGACACAGAGUGUACUCACACAUUGCCAAACUGCAAGAGCUAUGGAAAACUGCUCAGAUCCAAACAAUUCAUAUCCCUAAAUCAAUGACACAUGCAUCUUUUCUAAAGUACAUGCAUCUGUUUCAUCACGGGUCACAAAAGCCAGGUGUCCUCACUCACCACAGAGGCCAUAUGAGCCCUCGAUACGCACAGAAACAACACUCCCCCUGUACUACGUGGAGACACCAUCUGGAGAGAGAAGACUCUCUGAGCACUGCAGCUGAAACACCUGAAAUGAUCAUACAUUCCCUUUGGCGACCCCUGAGACACAAAGAAGGGUUAAAAAUUGGAUAUGCAUCUAAAACAAGAUGCAAGUCCCUGAAGGUUUUUAGAAGACCGCGCGGACUGUUCUUGCUGCCAGUUUCUCCUAGUGCUUAUCAAGCACGCAUGGAUGAAGAGACAAAGGAAGAGGAUCUCCUGAAUAAGUGCAUGCAGUCCAUGUCCAUUCAAGAGCAAGGCUCACCUCACGCCAACCUGACAGUCUAGCCCUCCACACCAGGUUCAGCCAUCAGCUAAUACCCAGAUGCUCAAGAGUUGGGACCAUGUAUGGGACAGUGCUAGUAGUAACUGGUAUGUUAUUUUGGUUGUUGAGAAAUUUAUAAUAGCCUUCUUCGUCUAAUAUAUUCCUGUGUUAUAUCUGUGUAAAGUAUGCUUGUUUCUAGCUAGAACAAUAAAAUUUUACUUGCCACAUAAAA